GCUUCCGGAUUUUGGGAAGCCCAACAUGGCGGCGCCCAUGAAAAUUUUUCCGGCGCUUCAAAAUCGAAGGAUGAUGCGACUGUCACGAUACAUUUUGAAGACAUCCCAGUCUCUCCAAAACAAUGUUCGUUGUUUCUCAUGUGGAGUAUCGCACCGUUCAGAAGUAAGGGUCAGAUUUGCUCCAAGUCCCACCGGUAUGCUCCAUCUGGGUGGGCUCAGAACGGCGCUCUACAACUUCUUGUUUGCAAAGUCUAAUGGAGGAAAGUUUAUUUUGAGGAUAGAAGAUACUGACCAGACUAGGCUUGUACCUGGUGCACUUGAGAGGUUGUGUGAAGCUUUACAGUGGGCUGGGCUCGUCCCUGAUGAGGGACCAAACGAAGGUGGUGACUUUGGACCAUAUGUUCAGUCGAAAAGGUUGGAGUUGUAUCAGGAGAAAAUCCAGGUUCUUUUAGAAAGUAAACAUGCCUACCACUGUUUCUGCACCUCGAGACGUCUUGAGCUCCUGAGGAAAGAAGCCACAAGACGCGGUGAGGUACCGAAAUAUGACAACAGGUGCCGACAUCUAUCGGAUGAUGAAGUUGUUGAAAAAUUAGGUCAAGGCGUUCCAUCGGUGAUUCGAUUUAAACUAUCGGCUGACGAGGACUCAUGGGAGGACAUGCUUCAUGGCGUGAUUCAACAAAAUAUUGCUGAAAUAGAGGGCGAUCCAAUACUUAUCAAAUCUGACUCAUACCCAACAUACCAUUUUGCAAAUAUCGUCGACGACCAUUACAUGAAAAUAACACACGUACUCCGCGGGAACGAAUGGUCUGCCUCGACGAUGAAACAUGUAUUGAUGUAUCGAGCAUUCGGAUGGGAGCCACCUAGAUAUGCCCAUCUUCCUCUCAUAAUGAACAGUGAUGGCACCAAACUGUCGAAAAGACAGGACGACAUACGAGUGGAGUCACUACAAGAGAAGGGUUACUAUCCUGAUGCCGUGUUGAACUUAAUAACGUUAUCUGGAGGAGGAUUCAAAAAAGUUACAAAUGGGAUGACGUUGUCAGAAUUGAUUGAUCAGUUUUCAAUAGAAAGGAUGAAUGUCAAUUCAAGUCGACUGGAAAUUGAUAGAAUAAAUGAGCUGAAUAAACUUCAUCUGGUCAGGAAAAUACAAGGACCAGAAAGGGAGAAAAUGAUUGAUCUAUUACAUAAAAUAGCAACUGAUUACAUGAAAGAUAGAUUCGAAUCAAUAGAAGAUGUGCAUAGAAUUUUAAAGAGAAGCUUCAUUGAAAAAGUUCUGGACUGGUCCAAGGAACGUAUUCACAAAUUAGAUGAACUUUUCACACAUCCUGACUACCUGUUCCUGUGGGGCCACCCGGCCUCUCUCAACUUAAAUGACAUCACGAAUACGGACCACAAUUCCAAAGACCUCCUACAAAAAAUUCUCAACAUUAUAAACGAGAUGGAAAGCCAAGAUUUUAAUCAGGCGCCGAUCGUUCAGCAGUUACGCAAUAUAGCGAAAGAGGAAAAUAUCAAGUUUCCUACCCUCAUGAAGAUAAUGCGUUUAUGCAUCAGUGGACUGAAGGAGGGUCCAGGUGUUGGAGAGAUGAUGGAAGUGCUAGGAAAAGAUGUUGUAUUAGAAAGACUCCAGUAUUCAAUUGGUUUGUUGUCCAGAUGAUGUUGCAUGUAGAUCCUAUAAUGUUUGAUAAAAGGUCUCAUCGAAACUGGGUCAUAUGCCCAGACCUGCGUAAUGUAUCCAUCAGUGUAUAAUGGUUGUAUUGUAACAAAGGAAUGAACCGUUGCUAGCAAUGGCCAUCUUGUUUGCCCUUUGAAGACUGAGGUGAUUGUCACUGGUAUAAAAAAUAAGAUUCUUGAAAUUUAUAAAUAUGCUUUUAUUCACAAUAAAUAUGUACAGAGAGAGCAUUUCUUCGUAGCAUUGUGAUAUCGACUUGUAUCAUUUGCUGUAUUUGCUUAGGGUAAUAUAUCGGUACACUUCUUAUUUUUCCUCCAAGUCGACCAUCUUCUGUAAGAUGUCUGACUAUUGUAGAUCUUCUUCUGUGCAUGGAUUGUCAUCUGCAAAUUUUUCAUUUUCAACAUUUUCAACUUGUUCUUGAGGAGGCUCACCGAAUAUGUUGUCCUUUACCACAAGACCAUCUGUAAUGGAGAGAACAUUUUUGACAUGUUGCUAAGAAUAUAUGACAUUUUGUGUGA